GUCGCCAUAUUACAGCUGUAUGGGUGUGUUGGGGGUCAUUGUCAGUCGUUGUGAGUGAUUUGUUUAUGUGAUGGGUAUUGCCUUACCAUGACGGUCGAUUUUGGUGAUUACUUCUGGGGAGAGAAGAACAAUGGCUUCACUGUUCUUUAUCAGAAUAUGAAACAUGGUUUGGUUGCAAGCAAAGAAUUUGCCGACUUCCUCAGGGAAAGAUCUAACAUCGAAGAAAAUAAUUCAAAGUUAUUGGCUAAGUUAGCUAAGCAAACAAGUUCUGGCAGUGUGCAAGGGACAUUUGCUCCAGUUUGGCAAGUUCUCCGCUCUUCAGCAGAGAAACUGUCAAAUUUGCACAUGCAGAUGGUACAGAAAGUUACUGAACUGGUGAAGGAAGUUAGCAAAUAUGCCGAAGAACUUCAUAAAAAACAUAAAUUGGUUAAAGAGGAAGAAGGAAGCACAUUGGAAGUGGUCCAAGCUAUACAGUCAACGACCUUGAUACUACAAAAGGCUAAGGAUACAUACACACAAAGGGGCUUGGAAUAUGAAAAAUUAAAGAAAGAAAAUGCAUCACCUAAGGAUCUGGAGAAAGCAGAAAUAAAACUCAAGAAGGCGCAGGAAGAGUAUAAAGCAUUGAUAGAAAAAUACAAGAUGAUUAAAGAGGAAUUUGAAAGGAAAAUGAUAUUGGCUUGCAGGCAUUUUCAAGAAAUUGAGGAAGCUCAUGUGAAACAGAUGAAAGAAUUUCUCAAUACUUACGCUGAUGAUCUGCAGCACAACCAUGACCUCAUUGGACAGAUACAUAUUGACUUCAAACGCCAGUGUUUGGAAAUGACUGUUGAAAAACUACUUGAACAGUUCGUUUUGACGAAGUACACUGGCUUGGAAAGACCAUGUGCAAUUGAAUUUGAGGAGUUUAGUAUAUCAGGGCUUUCAUCCAUAACUAGUCAGGCGCAGGAUUCCUCAGAAAAAACAACAAAUGGUGAAAAGCCUUCAAAGAAAGAAGGGUUUUUAAGAAGCAGGCGUGAGAAGCGUAAGGAAAAGAAAGCGAAAAAGAAGAAAGAUGGCAUGGAUAACACUAGUAGUAAAGAAGAAAAGUCAGAUGUAAAGAAUGGAAGUCUUGAUGCUUCCAGGGAAGACAAGGAUGACAAUAGGAAGUCAGAGACACCAACUCCCGAAGUGGAUGAGGAGGGCUACUGUAUCAAACCUAAACCGGAUCCUUGGGAAAAUGAUAAAGGGAGCUUUUAUUCGAGCUCAGACACUGAUUCAGACGAUGAAAGAGAACACAAAAUUCAUGUGGAAAUCAAACCAUUAAGCAACGGGUCUGCUCCAAUGAGUGCCAGUGUUGAUGAGCUCCGUGCAACGGUGGAAAACUUGUCUCUUUCACCGGUUGCUACAGUUACAGCAAGAAGAGAUUCAGCUGCUGACCCAGACUCUCACAUCAAACGCUCCCAGUCUGUCUCUCAACAGCUAGGAGGGAAACCAAGUAGUGAUCUUUUGGGAUUGAAUCUCUUCCAAAGUCCGACUGCAUCUAGUGCCUCAACCCCAACAGGGAAUCAUCCAUAUGCACCACUACACAGCCCAACGCAGCCAACAGUUAGCAGUCCAGCUCCAUCAACAUCAUCAUCACGCUAUGCAGAUCUGGGAGAUCUUUUCUCUGAAGUUGGGGAAAUGCAACAGCCAGCCUUACCACCAAAGCAGUCGCGGCAGACACCUACACCCACACAGGGCACCAUUGCAAUUCCAAGGCCACCAUCAAGACGAGGAGAGGGUCCGUCUACGCGUGGGAGAAUGAGUCCAGCUCCAAUUGCCCGUGCGGAUAGUGUUGGGAGCUUGGAGUUCCGCACAGCUGGCGUUCCAGUAGGAUCAUCACGAGGACCAUCACCCCUUACUAUUGGAAUGGCUGACACCAUACCACUUGCUGUUGCAUUUCAUGAAAUUGUCCACUCCUACUUUAGAGGGACAGAUGAAACAAAGUGCCAGGUGAAGUUGUCUGGUGACAUGAUGCUCUCAUUCCCUGCUGGAAUUGUGGCUGUACUAGCUAACAAUCCAAGUCCUGCCCAAUUAUCAUUCCGAAUUCGCAACACUCAUAGGCUUGAGGACAUGCUGCCCAAUAAACAGCUCGUCACAAUAGACUCUGCCCAGUCAAGUCACGACAGUACAGUAUUUGAUUUCAACAUGAAUGCAUUAACAGCUCUACUUCGAAGGCAGUCGGAUCAGAACCCGUCAGCAUCCUACUUUAAUGUAGAUAUUUUGAAGUACAAGAUAAAGCCAAAGAGUGGAGCAGGGUCCUGUCCAUUCCAGCUGGUAGCUUAUUGGAAAUGUGAAUCGAGCCAUACUGACCUCAGAAUUGACUACAAAUACAACAGUCAUGCUAUGUCUUCAGCCUCACCUCUACUGAAUCUCACUGUAGCUGUUCCAGUUGAUGGUGGUGUCAAAAACAUGCAAUCUAAGCCAAAUGCUCAAUGGCAGCCAGAAAAUAAUCGUGCUUUAUGGAAAUUCACGGAACUCUCCCAACAUAGUGAAAAUCAUGGUGUUGGUUCCCUGAGGGCACGUUUGGAAGUGACUAAUGGUCCAAGUAAUCAGAGCACUAUAGCAACACAAUUUAAUUGUGAAGGUACUACUCUGUCGGGCUUAGAGUUUGAGCUGGUUGGUGCAGGCUACAGACUGUCACUUGUGAAACGAAGAUUUGUCUCAGGCAAGUAUAUAUGUGAUGGUGACCCUGACCCAAGGAAUAGGUAUGCAACUCCACCAGGAUCAGAAUGCUAGCAGCUGUGCUGUUUCUUGGAAACUCAUAAGUUCCAUACUUGUUUAGUUCCAGUGACUGUGUGUGUCAGUGAAUAUGGAGUGUAUGUGAGAAAACCUAUUGAGUGAUAUGAAAAUUUGCAGUUGUGUAUUUGAAAAAGUCAAAGUACCAAAUUGACUGUUUGUAAUAAUCUAAGUCAUACCUCAACAUUUAUUUUAUCAUAAAGAGUAUUUUAAAUUCAUUGUAAAAUGAUGUGUACAAUAAUGCUGUUACUAUGAAAGGCAUUUCAGGUAAAACCUUUCAAAAUACAUAACUGGUCCUUAUGAAAUGGACAGUGAUUCCUUGAGGCUAACUGAGGAAAAAAAAAAAGAGUGAAUGGAUGUCAUUGACGUUGUGCAGUUGGGUGAAUUUAUACCACAGUUUAAACAUUAGAUAAGUUGACUCAUGUAUUUAAAAAGUGAAAUUGCUAUUUUAUAAGUAUUUAAAUCCAAAUCUGAUUUUUUUUAACAUGUAUUAAACACACUGAAAAUUGUUGGCAUUUUUAUUCUGCCUUAAUUUACAUUCUUAUGUUUAUACUAAACAAUGAGAAAUAUUGAACAGAUAGGCACUAAGGCAGCAGAACAAUGCAAUGCAGUUCUUUAAAAUUUCUAGUAUUCCGCCUAUAAUCAGCUCUUAUCUUUGUUUUACUCUUUCUUUUUUGAUGUGAUUCUGUUGCUUGUGUGUAUUGCAGUGCAAAGAGUAUAUAUUUUCCUUUCUUUAUUUUUUCCUUUAGUGACAAGAAAUCUCAUUUAAUGGUGCAAAUUUUAGUGGUAUAGAUGUAGAGACUUAUUUCCUAAAUCAAAAUAUGUUCUGGGUUAUUUGUUUCAUAUCUGUGUCAUGUUGUGUAGUUAUCAGACUGAAAUAAUUAAUUUUCAGAGAAGUGUAACUAUUUGAAAUGUGAUAUUUUUUAAUUGUUAUAAAGUUUAAAUGUAACUUAAGAUUCCUGUAUAAGGUACUACACACAUUUACUUCAGGUUAUAAGUACAUUGAAAAAUUACAAACUAACAAAAAGGCUGAAUGUAUUGUUGAAUGAGAAAUAAUACAUAUAAUAUCUCUCUCCACCACUCAUCAUCCUCCUCCUCCUCCUCCUCCUCCUCCUCCUCCUCCCCACCCAUUACAGAAUGCUUGUCAGUUGUCAGUAUUUAGAUAUAUGGUUUGCAUUUACUCUGGCUGAAUACAGAUGUUCACUUUCUAAAUGUAAUACUACAGCUGCACAGUUUUAAAUUUUGUGUCUUAAGGAUAUCAUCAUAUACGUUUUUGAGACAACAUAACUUGAUGGUAUCUUUUAAGGAUAUCAUCAUAUACGUUUUUGAGACAACAUAACUUGAUGGUAUCAUCAAGAAAUUUCUGUCAAAUGCACAGGUUCCCAUACCCAGCUGUAUGAACUAUUAAAAAGUGAAUCAUGCCAGUGGGAAUAAAUGACAGUUAAGCUUAAGUAUCUUUACUAAGACAGUUUCAAUCUGUGUGUCUAUCACAUGGGAAAUCAGUUCUGUUGCAUAUGUUGCCUUUCAAGAACAUUGCCUCUUCAUAUGUGUAACUUUUUGAUGGUUUGUAAUUCUUGGUAUUUAUACCAAUUACUGCAUUAAAAAUUUUUAUGUAAUCAAAUCUGGAUUGAAACAGUGCCUUAAAAAGGCAGAAAGUGUAAUUAUUUAAUGCAAGUUCACUCUGCAUUUUUUGUCCUUAAAUGUAUUUCAUGUGUACUGUUUACUGUCAAAUGUCAGUAUCAGGACUGUGUAAAAGUUUGGUGCUGAUUUUUCUCUGUUUGAAAAUUGACAAGAUGGUCUAAGCUUUUUUCUAACUAGGAAAUAGUGUAAUUCCGUACCUUUUCUAAGGUUUAAGUGUAACAGUCGCCAAGAGACUAAGUGUAAAAACUGAAGUACUAGUUUGCAUAUAAAUGGUGCCCUGCUUUCCUUGAGGAAUGAAAUUUUAAAUAUUACUUUUACUUGAUAGUACAAUUUUCCCAAAGUUUAGAAGUAGUACUAGUGGUAAUAGUUAUAGCAUUAUUAUAAAAUUUUGUUUCAGUGCAUUGCUUAACUGCUUCAUUGGGAUUUCUCAGUAUUUUGAAAAUCUUUGUUACAAUUGAUUAGUGAUCUGUGUAACUGUUUGACUAAUUACAUACAUUAUACUUUUGCUGCCUCUUUGUUGCUGUACAAAGUGGCACACUAUGAAAAAUUAAAUAGAUUCCAGGAAUUUUUUAAUCAGCAUGAAUACUGCAAAACAGUUUUUUUUAAUACUAACCUCAGUCAUUUGACAUCUUGUAAUGUGCUUAUGAUUUCAAAUGGUUUCAAGAACAUUCUCAGUUUUUCUCUCUAUUUAAUAGAGUGUAUUAGUAUCCUUGUCUCUGCAACCCCUCCUUUUGGUAUUCUGUUUACUGAAGCUCACAGUGUUCACACAGAAUUAACAAUAUUAUUUGGCCGAAUGUAGAAAAUACUGAGACGUGGAAUUAUUCAUGAUAUGUAAAUUGUAGAUUUUAACUCUAUCCUUUUGUUGACCUUUCUAGCCUCACACACAUUUGAAAUUAUGGCCUAAGAGGGAUUUGUUCCAUAUAUUUGGCAUGUUUUCAACUAUUUGUUUUGAUGGCAUUUUACAAACAUUCUUGUGAACUGAUGAUUUAACUAAAGACAUUUUUGUCAUAGAGAAGAUUUAUCAGACUGUGUGGAAUGUGAAUGCAUUUCUCAUGUUGCCUACACCACUGCAUUGUUACAGCUUUCUUUCUGAAUAGUGUUGAAACACUUUUUGAUAUCAUUGAACAGCUCAUUCCUCUAAACCGAGCGAGGUGGCGCAGUGGUUAGCACACUGGACUCGCAUUCGGGAGGACGACGGUUCAAUCCCGUCUCCAGCCAUCCUGAUUUAGGUUUUCCGUGAUUUCCCUAAAUCGCUUCAGGCAAA